AUGAAGAGAGUAAUAGCAAUAGUGCUGUUAAUAUCAGUGUUAACAUUAUCACCUCGAAGUACAUUUGUGAAUUGUUCCCCGGUACUCACGAAAAAAAAUGGCAUGUUUUUUGGAGAAGCGACUUAUUAUAAUACUGGAUUAGGUGCGUGUGGAAAAUAUAACAGCGAUACGGAUAUAGUUGUAGCUAUUAACAAAGCACAAUGGGGAUCCACUACAAAUACGAAUAGUAACAAAAUUUGUGGUAAAAAGAUCACAGUUAAUGGACCAAAAGGACAUGUUACUGUUAAAGUUGUAGAUAUGUGUGCAGAUUGUGAAUAUGGUAGUUUGGAUCUUUCACCAUCGGCAUUUGAUAAAAUCGCAAGUAGGAGCGCAGGACGAGUUCGCAUAAGUUGGAAAUUUUCAUAA